AUUAAAAAAGUAAAAAUCCCUCCCCCCUCAAUGAACUCUCUCUCUUCCAAAUUUGAAAAGCUCCGCUCUGCCAUCCCCUCCGCGCCUACUAUUUCCUCUCUCUCUCUCUCUCUCUCUCUCUCUCUCUCUCUCUCUCUCUGUAUAUAUACACGGAUACAUAUUCACUCUUCCACCUUAUCACUCUCCCAACAUACACACAGAGAUACGUUGUGAAGGAUAAAGCGUAAGCUCCGAAUCGAAGCUUAUUCCGAGCUUUUCUCUGGGUUACGUCUCCAUUGAAAUCUUGCGAGGAAAUAAUGGAGUCACUGCCAGAUGCACUAGUGCAAUACAUUUUGUCCCACAUGAAUAAUGCUAAAGAUGUGGCCUCUUGCAUCUGUGUCUCCAAGAGGUGGAAGGAUUCAGUACCUUAUCUGAGAAGCCUAUUUUUCCCUCGAAAUCUUCUUGACAAUCUUACCAAUGGAGAUACUCCUGAUGCAAUCGUGAGGCAAAUGAUUUCUUCAAUUGUUGAAUUAGAGGAACUUGUUGUCUAUUGUCCAUUUUCCAGUGCUGGGCUUGGAUCAUGGUUGUCAAUAACAGGAACGUCCUUGAAGAACCUUGAGCUUCGAAUGGAUAAUAUAAUCCCACACCAUAAUUGUACUGAAAUCCCUUCAAAGUUGGAUCGCAUUGGAUCUGCGAGUAAUUUGGAGUCCCUUAAGCUUUGGGGUGUGCUAAUGAUUGAUUCGCCCCAAUGGGAUGUUUUCCUUAGGCUAAGAAAUCUUGAAAUAGUUGGUGCUAGACUGAAGGACACUGCGCUGUCUGAUGCACUUUUUGCCUGUCCUAAUUUGACUCAUCUGUUGCUUCUUGGCUGUGAGGGUUUAAAGUCUGUUUCAAUUGAGCUUCCUAAUCUGGAGCAUUGUAAGCUUGAUUUUUAUGGAAAUGGUAACUGCUCGCUAUUUCUCAAUUCACCAAAACUUGAAUCCCUUGAAGUACAAGGUUGUAGUUUGAUCAGAGUCCACGAAACUCAAUGCUUGAAAAACCUCUCAAUUGCCAACAAUUCAGGGCGCGUUUAUAUGGUGGAUUUUGGAAAACUUGUGGCACUGGAGUCCUUGGCCAUGAGAGGAGUACAGUGGUGCUGGGAUGCCAUAAGCAAAAUGCUUCAGAUGGCUAGUGAAGUGAAGCAACUAUAUAUGAAAGUGGAAUUCACUGGGGAUUUCGAGGAACUUAUGCCCUUUCCAGAGAUUGAUUUUGUUGACUUCUUUAACAGCCACCCCAAGCUGCAAACAUUUGACAUACAUGGUGCCAUGUUUGCUGCUCUUUGCCAAAAGAACAGCUUAAAAAAUGUUGAUUCAAGAUUUUCAAUUCCGUGUCUUGAGAAAGUUAUGAUUACAGUGAGAUCGCCAUUGAAUGCUGAACAAAAGAUGAAUACUUUGGAAUCUUUAGUAAACUAUGCCAGGAAUUUAAAGAAGAUGACAAUAAAGAUUCUUCAGAUGAAGAGUAGCCAUAGCAGUGCAGAUGAUUUCUUUGAAGAAAUUUGCAGAUUUAGAUACAUGAAUCGUAAGAUUGUUUCGAUUGAAUAG